GUACCCUCAACACGCCGGAGCGUUUAGGAACUCGUGGCGGUCGCGCAAGCAGAACCGCCCCCGGCACACGUAGCAGCGGGGCAGCGCGGUGUAUCGACAUCGACUUCCUCGAAGUCGGGAGGAAUGUCGGUGAGCGCGGCGUCCCCUUUGCGCUCGAACCUGGGCGAAGGCCCCCACUGGGAGCCCAGCUCGGCCAGCCUGCUGUACGUGGACGCCUUCGAAGGAGACGUGUGCAGACUGGACCUGGCCACGGGGAACACCAGCAGCGUCCACUUCGAUGGCACGGUGACGUUCGCCAUUCCCUACGCGUCGAACCCGGCCCUGAACGUGAUGACGCUGAACCGGGAGCUGCGUCGGUUGGACUGGAGGACCGGGGACUCGGCGGUCCUGUGCCAAGUGGACGACGAGAGGCCCCGCAACCACUUCAACGACGGCAAGUGUGACGUCACGGGACGCCUGUGGGCAGGUACCAGAGGCGCAGAGCUGGAGCCAGGCGUUCUGGACCUGGGCAAAGGGUCUCUAUACAGCUUCGAACCGACCGAUUUGAAGGCCGUCAGUCAUAUGGAAGGUCUGAACAUCUCCAACGGCAUGACGUGGUCGCCGGACAACACGACCAUGUUCUUCAUCGAUUCGUACAGUCGGAAAAUUUACUCCUUCCGGUCUUCUGCCGAGGACGGACGACUAUCUGACAGACAGACUUUUCUGAACUGGAACAGCCAUCCAUCUUACAAGGACUGCGGAUACCCGGACGGAAUGACGCACGAUGCCCUGGGAAGACUCUGGGUGGCUUGCUACGACGGAGGGAGGGUGCUCAACAUUGAUCCCGAAACAGGGACGCUGCUAAGACAGGUGAUCAUUCCUGCUGCAAGAACCACGUCAUGCUGUUUCGGAGGCUCCAACUACGACGAGCUGUUCGUGACGUCAGCGUGGCGCGGCCUCACCGAGGACCAGCUCAAGCGCGAGCCGCUCUCAGGAACCGUGUUCAGGGUCACCGGCCUGGGAGUUUCAGGCUGCCCCGCUUACAAGUUCAAUCGCUAGUGGCCGUCGCCAGGAGUGUUGUACGCAACGUCGAUGCAUUUUUUACUUCUUGGCCCUUGGUUCUGGCUUCUCAGACACGCAAGAAAGGUCGAAGCGUUAUCAAUAAAUGAAU